AUGACUUCCACCAAUAUAUUUGAAGGGACGUUUCCUCAGCUAGUUGCUGUUUUAACAGGUACCCUCGCAGCUAUAAGUGAUGGCAUGCAAUAUGGUUGGACAGCUCCAGUCAUCCCCAUUCUCCUAGGCCCAGAUAGCCCAGUUAAAACAUCGAAAAAUCAAGCCGAAUGGUUGGAACUCCUACUCAUGAUAGGAUCCUUCUCAGGACUCACACUAACAAUGUAUCUAGUCGACAAAAUAGGAAGGAAAAGAUCGAUACUUCUCUCCUCUUUCGUCACCCUGAUCGUCUGGAUAGUCAUAGCUGUAGCACCAAGGAUCGAGUAUAUUUUCGUAGCAAGAUUAUUCGCAGGAGCAGCAGGAAACAUGGCGUUCGUAGCAACACCAAUGUAUAUCGCGGAAAUAGCCGAUCAAAAAAUCAGAGGAUUCCUCUCUAGCAUCAUUUACCUCAUGAUGCUGAAUCUCCCUACUAGGUACCUUCUUUUCAGGGACCAACCAGAAGCAGCAAGAUCUUCUCUCAAGCGUUUAAGACCUGCAAGCGCGAAUGUGGAAAAAGAACUUGAAGACAUUCAGCAAGCAGUAGAGAGGCAGAGGACAGAAAGAGGAAGAAUACAAGACUUAGUUGUGGUGGCUAGUAACCGCAGGGCUAUCUUGAUCAUGACUAUACUAAACGGAGCUCAACACUUCAGUAGUAUCAGUGUCUUUCUAAUGAACCUACAUGUGAUAUUAGAAGCAGCCGGUUCAAUUUACAUAGACUCUUCCAUCGCAGCAAUUAUAUUCUCAUUCAUUAUGCUAGUAGCGGCUACUAUGGCUUCCCUUUCCAUAGAUAAAUAUGGCAGGAAAACGCUGCUUAUCAGUUCGAGCAUAUCAACAGGUCUUUGCUUGCUGGUAAUUGCCAUUUAUUUCACCUUGAAGAGUAGCGGUUAUGACGUAGAUGGUAUCAGCUGGAUACCUAUUGUUUCCGUUAUGAUGUAUGCUUGUGCUUUCAAACUUGGCUUGGGUAUGGUGCCUAUAGUGUUGACUGCCGAGCUGUUUCCUACGAAAAUGAAGGCCAUAGGGAUGACUUUGGCCGAUGGGAUUUACGUGAUUGCUGCAGUAGCUUCGCUUCAGAUUUACCAACAGUUGGGCGAUAGGUACGGCUUGCAGUAUCCGUUUUAUGUGUUUUCUGGUUCUUGUUUUGUGGCGGCCUUGUUUACAUAUUUUUUGAUCCCGGAAACGAAAGGUAAAACGUUGGAGCAGAUCCAGUAUAUUCUCAAGGGCAUUGAUGGUCCGCCGAAAGCCGAGAACACAUCAGCUUGA